AUGGAGGAAAUUCUCGAGGAUCAGCUGGCAUUAGCGGAAAUUCUCAGCAACUUCAGAACGGUGAUGCUGAAAGCACCAAGAGAGAAAAGAACUACAAGUUGGUUCAAAACGCAAUUAGAACAACUCGAGAGUCUAUGGAGUGAUUUCCUUCAAGCCCACAAGAAGCUGAUCCGCUGGUCAAAAAAGGACAAGGAGCAGCGUCCCUAUUUCCAAGAUGACAUGUUUGCUGCGGGCCAGAACCAGUAUAUCGCGGUAAAAACGGAAAUUUUGGAUGUUCUGAGCCCCGGCCGGAGACAGACCUCAAUUCAAGCGGAUUCACAGUAUGCUGGAGUCAGCUUUGAGACUCCGCAAUACAAGACACCACUACCGUCGAUGCAGCUUCCGCAGUUUUCGGGCAAUCAGUUGGAAUGGGAGACUUUCAAGGGAAUGUUUCUGGCACUCGUACACGACGUACCUACGUUCCCGCCGAUUUUAAAAUUACAAUAUUUGAUUCGAUCAUUGACGGGAGAAGCAGCUAAUAGGCUCAAGAACGUACAGAUUGUCGGAGAAAAUUAUGAGAGUUCAUGGCAGGCCAUUCAAGCCAGGUACGACAAUAAAAAAGUUUUGCUAUCUACGCACAUGUCGCAUAUCGUCAACUGCCCACCCAUGCAAAGAAAAUCAGUAGAAGAGGUGCGUAGACUGGUGGAUCUAGUGCGCGAGUCCAAGCAGGCGCUCGAUAACUUGAAUGUAGAGCCGGCUCGUAUGUCGGAAUUGUGGCUGAUUCACCACACCAUUCAUAAAUUGGAUCAAUCAACGCGUCUGGAUUGGGAACGACACGCCGACGAACUCACGAGCUUCCCGUCCUACGAUGAGCUCAUAAGCUUCCUCGAGCGUUACAUACGAGUGCUGGACGCAGCUAGCACAACAUCGGCAGGGCCGCAGCCAUCUACAUCGACUGAAAAUUCGGCGGUUAAAUCGGCAAAAAGCGCGCCAAGUAAAUAUAAACAAGUAUCAGCCCAUGCGACCAGUACGCAAGUAGCUCGAAAGCCAACCGCUCGCACAUGCGCGCUAUGUCGAGGCACGCACGCAUUGUACUCGUGCCAGAAGUUCCUCUCUCUGCCUCAGUCGCAGAGGUAUGAGGUGUGCAGGAGGGAGAAAUUGUGUUUGAACUGCCUUUCGGGAUCCCACUUCGCGCGAGACUGCCAAUCAGAGAAGCGAUGUUUAGUGUGUCAAGCAAAACAUCACACCAAGCUUCAUGCAGAUACUCGGACACAGCAGGAAUCUACUGAUACAUCAAAUGAGCGAGCUGGCACUGGAGCUCCGAUCGACGGAAAUGAGGACCCACCAGCAUCGGUUUACUUCGCGGGACAGGACAUGCAAUGA